AUGUCACCCCCUGCACAAGGUCGUGUUUUGCUAGCAUAUUCUGGCGGUCUUGACACUUCAUGCAUCCUGGCAUGGCUGAUCGAGCAGGGCUAUGAGGUUUAUGCCUUCAUGGCUGACGUCGGUCAAGAGGAGGAUUUCGAAGCAGCUAGAAAGAAGGCACUCAGUGUUGGCGCAAAGAAAUUCUUCGUGGAGGACCUGAAGCGUGAAUUUGUGACACAGUUAAUCUACCCUGCUGUACAAGCAAACUGCAUCUACGAAAAUGUAUAUCUGCUUGGAACUUCUCUCGCUCGUCCUGUUAUUGCUCGCGGGAUGAUAUCCGUUGCAGACAAAGAAGGUUGCGACUAUGUCUCGCAUGGCUGCACAGGCAAAGGGAAUGAUCAGGUUCGCUUUGAACUUGCCUUCUAUGGUCUUAAGCCCGAUAUCAAGGUCAUCGCUCCUUGGAGGCUUCCUGAGUUCUAUAACCGCUUCCCUGGCCGUCAAGCACUACUUGCAUACGCGGAGGAGAAGCAAAUCCCAGUACAACAAACUGCCGCAAAACCAUGGUCAACUGACGAGAACCUCUUCCAUAUCUCCUAUGAGGCUGGGAUUCUGGAGGAUCCGAACACCACACCUCCCGAUGACAUGUGGAAACUCACCGCAUCCCUCCAAGAUGCACCAGUGGAGCCUGAACAGCUGUCGAUCGAGUUCAAGGCUGGUCUUCCUGUGAAGGUUGUAAUUGCUAACCAGGCCCCCCUUACUGAUCCCGUCGACAUUUUCCUCGCCCUCAAUGCGGUCGCGAGGAAGCAUGGUGUCGGUCGUAUCGAUAUCGUCGAAAAUCGAUUCAUUGGCGUCAAGUCUCGCGGUUGUUAUGAGUCGCCUGGAGCGACUAUUUUACGUGUCGCACAUAUGGACAUCGAAGGUCUCACUCUCGACCGCAAUGUUCGUGCUCUUCGUGAUCAGUUCGUCACUAUCGAACUAGGCCGCAUUCUUUACAAUGGCCACUUCUUCACCCCUGAGCGCGAGUUCGUAACUAGUGCCAUCCCCGCGAGCCAGCGCACCGUCAAUGGAACAGUGCGCUUGAAGCUCUACAAGGGUAACGUCGUUGUUAUCGGCCGCCACUCUGAUGAGGGUCUUUAUGAUGAGCAGCAAUCUUCCAUGGACGAACUCGGUGGCUUUGAGCCAACAGACACCACAGGUUUCAUUCAGAUUGAAAGCAUCCGUAUCAAAAAAUGGGGCCAGGCCAAUGCUCGCAAAGGUCAAGCUGGUGUCGAGCCACAGGAUGUUUAUGGUUCCCGCAUAUAG